AAUUCAUCCUUUUUUUUCAUAAUCAUUUAACCUACUUUUCAGAACAAGUUUUCGUAGAGUAUAUUGAUCCAUAUACAUAUCGUAUAUAUCCAUUAUCUAUAAUUAAAUUCCUUAAUCAUGUCAAAGCCUCAAGAUGAAGCUCCAUGGUCCGUCGGAUUCUGUGAUUGUUUUUCUGAUAUGAAAACUUGUUGUACUGCUUGCUGGUGUCCAUGUAUCACCUUUGGCCAGAUAGCUGAGAUUGCUGAUAAAGGAUCAACUUCAUGCGGGGCAAGUGGGGCACUAUACACGUUAAUAAUGUUCAUCACGGGGUGUCCAUGCUUGUAUUCUUGCUUUUACCGAUCCAAACUCAGAAGGCAGUAUAACUUAAAGGGCGGUGAUUGUGGCGAUUGCAUGCGCCAUUUUUGGUGCGAAACUUGUGCUUUGACUCAAGAGUAUCGUGAGCUCAAGAACCGAGGAUUCGACAUGUCUAUCGGUUGGCAUGCAAAUGUGGAGAAGAACCCAGGGCUAGCAAUGGCUCCACCGGUUGAAAAAGGGAUGAACAGAUAGUUAAUGAUGGGAUUUCUACGUUAAUGUUUUCUUUUUAUUCACUGUCCUCUUCAAUGUCUCAACUAUCAUGCUUUUUUCUGUAAACUUAAUUUCCUUUGCCUUCCAUAAUAGGACUAUUGUACGGCUCAUUUGAAUUUGUAUGUAUGCAUGUUUGUCAAGUA